GGAUCACAUGGGCGAGCGUAUAAAAAUGGGUGCUGCCCGUCCAGGCUAGUUUGCACCUGGAAAGGGAAGGCGGCUGCGGGAGCGAAGAGCCGCGGGACAGAGCCGGGGAGGGAAGAGCCGCGGGACAGAGCCGGGCGCUGCGCUCAGAGCCUGCCAAGAGAAAGCGAUGGAAAGCCCAGGGAAGGGCAGCCCUGCUGGGAAGAUGACAGCCAUGGCUCACAGCCUGUCCCAAUUAAUGGAUUCUGACAUGGAUUAUGAGAGGCCAAACGUAGAAACCAUCAAGUGCGUCGUGGUCGGGGACAACGCGGUGGGCAAGACCCGGCUCAUCUGUGCCCGUGCCUGCAACGCCACCUUGACCCAGUACCAGCUCCUCGCCACCCACGUGCCCACGGUGUGGGCCAUCGACCAGUACCGCGUCUGCCAGGAGGUGCUGGAGCGCUCCCGGGAUGUGGUAGAUGAUGUCAGCGUGUCCUUGCGCCUCUGGGACACCUUUGGGGACCACCACAAGGACAGGCGCUUUGCCUAUGGCAGGUCCGACGUUGUGGUUUUGUGCUUCUCCAUCGCCAACCCCAACUCCCUGCACCAUGUGAAGACCAUGUGGUACCCGGAGAUCAAACACUUCUGCCCCCGCGCCCCCGUCAUCCUGGUGGGCUGCCAGCUCGACCUGCGCUACGCCGACCUGGAGGCCGUCAACCGGGCACGGCGGCCCUUGGCCAGGCCAAUUAAACCUAACGAGAUCCUUCCCCCGGAGAAGGGCAGGGAGGUCGCCAAGGAGCUGGGGAUCCCUUAUUACGAGACCAGCGUGGUGGCCCAGUUCGGCGUCAAGGACGUCUUUGACAACGCCAUCCGUGCCGCCCUCAUCUCCCGCCGCCACCUGCAGUUCUGGAAGUCCCACCUGCGCAACGUGCAGCGGCCCCUGCUCCAAGCCCCCUUCCUGCCCCCCAAGCCCCCUCCUCCCAUCAUCAUAGUCCCGGACCCCCCUUCCAACAACGAGGAGCGUCCGGCCCACCUUCUGGAGGACCCCCUGUGCGCGGACGUCAUCCUGGUGCUGCAAGAGAAGAUCAAAAUCUACGCACACAAGAUCUACCUCUCCACCUCCUCCUCCAAGUUUUACGACCUGUUCCUCAUGGACCUGAGCGAGGAGGACCAGCAGAGCACUGCGGGGCACGGCUUCGGGGUGGCCGUCACGGCGGCCGCCGAGCGGAUGCUGCACCAGGAGGAGAGGCACCACGGGCGGGAUUUCCUCCUCAGGGCCGCCAGCUUUGACAUCUGCGAGAGCGCCGAGGAGGCCGGACCCGGCCAGCGCAAACCGUGCCUUAGAGCCUCCACCAGUGACGGCAUCCUGCGGGGCAACCGCUACGAGAACGGCGAGCGCGGGCUGCGGCGGGGCCGGAACCUCUCCUCAUGGAGCAGGGCCUUCACCAGCAUCCAGGAGGAGAUGGCCGAGGACCCGCUGACCUACAAGUCCAAGCUGAUGGUGGUGGUGAAGAUGGACGCGUCCAUCCAGCCGGGUCCUUUCCGGGCCGUGCUGAAGUACCUGUACACGGGCGAGCUGGACGAGAACGAGCGGGACCUCAUGCACAUCGCUCACAUCGCCGAGCUGCUGGAGGUGUUCGACCUGCGCAUGAUGGUGGCCAACAUCCUCAACAACGAGGCGUUCAUGAACCAGGAGAUCACCAAAGCCUUCCACGUCCGGAGGACCAACCGGGUGAAGGAAUGCCUGGCCAAGGGGACUUUCUCGGAUGUCACCUUCGUGCUGGAUGACGGUGCUAUCAGUGCCCACAAGCCCCUGCUCAUCUCCAGCUGCGACUGGAUGGCCGCGAUGUUCGGCGGCCCCUUCGUGGAGAGCUCCACCAACGAGGUGGCACUUCCUCACACCAGCAAGAGCUGCAUGCGGGCGGUGCUGGAGUACCUGUACACGGGGCAGUUCAGCUCCAGCCCCGACCUGGACGACAUGAAGCUCAUCAUCCUCGCCAACCGCCUCUGCCUGCCGCACCUGGUGGCUCUCACAGGUGAGUCUGGGUGGCUGCGGCCCGGCAGGGUGACUGUCACCCGUGCCAGCCGCCCCCUGAGCCCGCGUGUCCCCCGUGCAGAGCAGUACACGGUCACCGGCCUGAUGGAGGCGGCGCAGAUGAUGGUGGACAUCGAUGGGGACGUGCUGGUGUUCCUGGAGCUGGCUCAGUUCCACUGCGCCUACCAGCUGGCCGACUGGUGCCUGCACCACAUCUGCACCAACUACAACAACGUCUGCCGCAAGUUCCCCCGGGACAUGAAGGCCAUGUCGGGAGAGAACCAGGAGUACUUCGAGAAGCACCGCUGGCCGCCGGUGUGGUACCUGAAGGAGGAGGAUCACUACCAGCGGGCGAAGAAGGAGCGGGAGAAGGAAGACUACCUCCACCUCAAACGGCAGCCCAAGAGGCGGUGGCUCUUCUGGAAUGCCUCCUCCUCCCCUUCUUCCUCUCCUUCAUCGUCGGCAGCCACAGCCUCCUCUUCCUCCUCCUCCUCCUCCUCCUCGGCUGUGGUUUGAAAGCCCCGUCCUUGCCCUGGCUCCAGCGUCGCUGGGAGGAGACGGGGAGGAGGAGGAGGAGGAGGAAGGGGGGGAUGCCCUGCCCCAGCGCCGGGCGUGGAGCGGCUCCGGCCCCGCAGCAGAGGGGCGGCCGCUGGGGAGGGGCUCAGCCCGGCUCCCCCUGCCCGCGGCAGGACUGGCAGAGCCCGAGCAGCAGGAGGAACUCGCGUUUACAGGAGCACGAGGGCUGUGUUGUGGUUUCAUUUCACGGGGAGUUUUUGUUGGAAAUCGGUUUUGUUUUUUGGAACAUCAUCAGCAUGAGGAAGAAGAAGAAGAAGAAACGCAUCCAGCUUCCACUCUGAUUUGGAACCAGAAGCUCUGGGAUGUGGUUUGGGUGUCUGAUGGCAUCUCACCACCUGGAGCCACCGUGGGGGUCCUGCCACCCCCUUGGACUCACAGCAGGGUCAGGCACAGGGCAGGGGACCCUGGUCCCCAAACGCCUCCAGGCACUGCAGGAUUUCCCCUACACGUGGGGUCAGUCCUAAUUCAGGGCGUGGAGAGGACCAGACUCCUCUCCUCCCUGUUCUUAACUCUUCAGUUUUGUUUAGACAGAAACUUAAAGCAAAAAAAAAAAAAAAAAACCCAAACCCAAACCCACUCCCUCAAUCUGCCACACCAGAAACCAACCCCGAGCCCUGGGCUCGGGAUUUUAGCCUGGAAGGCCCCAUUGUAAUAAAUGGUAUUUUAAAAGCC